AUGUCUCCCGAAGCUCUACUCCCCAGUUUUGUCGCCGACGCGAUAUGGCCCGACCACAAGUCUCCCCUCCAGACUCAUAGGCUACACUCAACCUCAUACCUCGACGGCCUGCGAGGCGUCGCCAGCUUGCUGGUCUUCUUCUGCCACUACACCGAGGAAAAUCACCCAUACCUAGUACCCACAUACGGCCUGAACAAGGACGGCGAGUCAUCAUUGCUGCAAUUGCCGCUUGUGAGGAUCCUGUACAGCGGGCGGCCCAUGGUUCACAUCUUUUUUGUUAUAUCCGGCUUCGUGCUCUCGUACAAGCCCCUCAAGGCGAUACGCACAAGAGACCUGGAAAAGUGUUACACUGCGCUGUCCUCGUCCACUUUCAGGCGGCCAUUCCGACUCUUUGGGCCAUGUCUGGUUUCGACGGCGAUAAUAGCUGUGAUGAUCCAGUGCGGCUUCAUGUACAGGCCUCUGCCGAGCCUCUGGAGGCAAUUCCUGGCCUGGAUCGACGCCAUGUUCCACAGCGUCACCUGGCCAUGGGCCUGGGACUUUGACCUGCGACCUGCCUUCGACAUCCACCUAUGGUCGAUUCCAAUCGAGUUCGCCCACUCGAUGCUGCUGUUCCUAACCAUCCUCAUGGUCGCCAGGUUGCGGACGCGGGCGCGCCUGGCCAUCGAGGUGCUCCUGAUCGCCUACGCCGUCACAUGCGGGAAGUGGGCGGCAUUUGAGUUCUGGGCGGGCAUGCUACUGGCCGACAUACACAUCAAGCGGACGGCGCAGAUGAAGCGCUACGAAUCCAUUGACUCGAUUUCGGCCUCGUCACCAGGCACGUUACCCCCGAUAAUAGACAACCCGAUCCUGCAUUACUGCGUGCACGGCACCAUUUUCCUGGCCUGCAUCUUCACCGGCGGCUGGCCCAACUUCGACGCCGACAGGACUCCCGGCAUCCGAUGGCUGCUGGCGCACACGCCCUCGUCCUUCCCACCGGUGGACAACGUCACGCCGCAGAAGUUCUGGUUCGCAGUGCAGGCGAUCGCGAUGGUCUGGACAUGUGGCGAACUCCAUCCCGUCAAGGAGUUCCUCGAGGGCGAGUUCGCGCAGUACUUGGGGCACAUCAGCUACGCGAUAUACAUUGUGCACGGGCCCGUUCUCGAAUGCCUCCAGAGGCAGGUGGCGGGCCAGGUUUACGUGGCGCCCAAGGGGACGCCCAAGCUGCCAGGCUAUAGGCCCGAGGUCCUCCCCAGUGGGGUAAAGGGGAUGGUUGGGAUCGACACGGCAAUGCAGAGGACGGUGUGCUGGGCCAUGGGAAUGCUGCUCCUGGGGCCGAUUGUAAUUUGGGUGGCAGAUUUGUUUUGGAGAUUGGUAGAUAUACCCAUGGUCAGGCUGGCCAGGACGAUCGAGACGAAAGUGCUCGACAAUGACGUUGACCUCGGCGCGAGAUCAAACGGCAACGCCCACUAG